AUGGACAUGUCCAGUUACCUAGCUGUAGGUGGCUGGUUCAUCCAGGUCAUUUUUGACAAGUAUCUGUCCUACCAGCUUCAGAGCUGGGCGGCCGACUGCGGCAUCAGCCAUGAGAUGAACAGACUUCGUGUCGCGCUGCUUCGCACGCAGUCUGUCCUCCAUGGGGCAGAGGUAACACCUUCACUGUCUUACGGCUCCCUCCCAUGGAUGCGGGAGCUCCGGGAUGUCAUGUACCAUGCAGAGGACCUCCUAGACAAGCUUGAGUACAACCGCCUCCAUCAUCAAAUGCAGGAAUCAAGUUCAACAGAGAGCAACAGUAGCCCAAUCAGCGCCUUUAUGCAUUCCAGGUUUCGCAAUCAAGGGGCCCAAGCUUCUGGUCUAGAGCCACACUGGGAUAGAUCAACCAGGGUCAAGAAUCAGAUGGUAAAUCUGUUGGAGCGCCUUGAGCAGGUUGCUAGUGGAGUCAGUGAAGCACUCAGUCUACCAAGGAAGCCCAGGCACAGCAGAUACAGCAUCAUGACAAGCUCAGUUGCCCAUGGGGAAAUCUUCGGGCGAGAAUCAGAAAUCCAACAGUUGGUAAGUACUCUUUUAAGCUCUCAGGUUGAUGGUGAUAAUCCAGUCUCGGUUGCCUCCAUUGUUGGAGUUGGUGGCGUUGGCAAGACUGCUCUAGCACAGCAUGUGUACAACAACACUAGAGUAGCACAGUACUUUGACAUGAGAAUGUGGAUCUGUGUUACUGAUGCCUUUGAUGAGUCCAGGAUCACAAGAGAGAUGCUAGAGUCAGUUUCCAGCAGUCGAUUUAGGCAUGACAGCAUAACAAAUUUCAACAGGCUUCAGGUGGCACUGCGAGCAAGGCUCGUAUCCAAACGGUUUCUGCUUGUCUUAGAUGAUGUCUGGAGCAAUGACAAGAUAACUCUGGCGAUAGAGCACGAGAACUGGCAGAAGCUUCUUUCUCCCCUAAAGGCUGCAGCAAAUGGGAGCAAGAUACUUCUGACCACCCGAUCCAGUAUGGUGGCGGAGAUGCUACAGUCAGCCCAUAUAACUAACCUGGAGUGCUUGUCAGAUAAGGAUUGCUGGUCCCUGAUAAAAAUGAUUGUGUUUGAUGAUACGAACCAUCUUAUAAAUUCACAGUUGGCGAAUAUUGGGAGCGAGAUUGCUAAGACACUUAAUGGUCUACCUCUUGCCGCAAAGGUGGUCGCUAGACAGCUGAAAUGUAAACACACCACAGAUGAGUGGAAACAAGUCUUACAGAGAAAUGCAGUAUGGGAUGAAAUCAUGCCAAUUUUUCAGCAUAGCUAUGAGAAUCUCCCAGUGCACCUUCAACAAUGCCUUGCAUAUUGCAGUAUCUUCCCCAAGGACUGGGAAUUUGAAGCUGAGCAGUUGAUCCUCAUGUGGAUGGCACAAGGUUAUGUAUACCCAGAUGGUUGCAGGAGAAUGGAAGACAUUGGGAAGCAAUAUGUUGAUGAGUUAUGUAGUCGGUCAUUUUUUGCCAUUCAGAAGAAACAAUUUGUCAGCUAUUAUGUGAUGCCUCCCGUUAUUCACAAACUUGCCAAAUCAGUUUCAGCCGAAGAAUGUUUCCGAAUAGGAGGUGAUGAACAGAGAAGGAUCCCAUCCUCUGUACGCCAUCUAUCAAUCCAUCUAGAUAGCCUUUCAAUGCUUGACGAGACAAUACCAUACAUGAACCUGCGCACUCUCAUUUUCUUUACGAGCAGAAUGACUUCCUGA